AGCCGCGGCUUCCAGCUGGCCCGUAUUCAGAAAGCUGAAGGCAAGCAGAUGUUGCGCUUCUCGUUUCAUCCUGUCGUUGCGGAGCGCUGGCGUUACGCAUUCGAUGACUGAAUGGUAGUGUAGCCUCGUGCGGCGUAGAGCCAGCCUAGUGCGUCUGUGAUGCAGGUGGAAUGAGAGACGAGAACAAUCUGCGUCAUUAUUUCACGGACUGAUCUGCGUUGGUCCGCCAUCGUAUAUAUAUGGGGGUUAUUCGAACCUGAUACUCUCGAGUCCGACCGUCGGAGAAGCGUACGGAUGCGAGCGUCACGCGCCUACGUCUUGGGACCCUACUCAGACCCUACUGCUUCGUGCCCCUCUCCAACUUUCCAACGUUCACUCUCGUAGCAACUUCUCGUCGGUGUGCAAGACUUGAAUUCGGCCAUGGCCGCGGACGCAACAGGCAGUAGCGCUAGCAGCAGCAGCACCCUUAGCCGGCGGCUGCUGGCCUCGGACGCUUUCAGCCACGUCGCCUUCUCCUCCUGCGCCGCCAUCGUUGCUCGGACUCUCGCUCAUCCCCUCGACACCCUCAAAACCCGCAUCCAAUUCGAGAGCGCGGCAGGUAGCUCCACAUCCUCCGUCGGCCAUCUUCGUUCCACGGUCCGCAACAUCCUGCGAACAGAGUCCUUCACCGCGCUAUACAGAGGGUUACCGGUCGCGCUGGUGUUCAGUGUGCCGGCACUGAGCGUGUACCUCGGCGCUUAUGACCAGUCCAAAGUGUUGUUGGCGAGGUGGGGUGGGCUCGGGGACGAGAGCUCGAUAGGAGUGCAUGCCGUUGCGUCCUGCAAUGCGGAAAUUCUGAGUGGGGCGUUAUGGACGCCUAUGGAAGUGUUGAAAAACAAGAUGCAGGUCCAGACUGUAGAUGGCAUGUCUAAACGAGGAGUCAGUACAUGGUCCUUAUGUCGGUCCAUCUACGCAAGAGAUGGCAUAAGAGGAUUCUUCAAGGGGUAUUUCCUGGCACUUGGGGUAUUUGUACCAUAUACAAUGACAUACUUCAUAGCAUACGAGCAACUCAAACGGCAAGCAGACCUCUUUAUCAACAAACGAACCGCCUCAGUGACCACGUCAACACCCAAACAACUUCCAUUCGGCGCAUACAUGCUCUGCGCCGGCACAUCCGGAGCACUAGCCGGCGCCGUAUCCAACGCUCUAGACAUCGUAAAAACGCGGCGACAAGCAGGCGGAGGCACGGAGAGCGCCGUGACGAUCAUCAAGGACAUGUGGAGGAACGAAGGAAAGUGGAGGGCGUUCGGCAGAGGUCUCGCUGCGAGAGUGCUGUGGGUUACGCCGACGGUUACAUUGUCGAUGAGCGUGUAUGAGAUACUGAAGGACUGGCGGGCGAGGACUGUUGGUGACAUUCAUAGCGUAUGAUUAGAGAGUCGGUGUUUCCAAAAGGGCGGGUAGAGGUCAUGCACACAUGUCCCAAUGCCCCACGGUCAUAUUGUGAGUUUGAUAUAGCAUGCUACUUUAUCGACUUUUUACUUAAGUGAAUAUUUACACCACCGCCCAACAUACCGCCCGCAAUGCAGAACAGACGGUUACGGCCGUCCCACCGCGUAGUCGCAGGAGCUGAGCAAUCGCCCUUGAGCUCUCUCCUUUGAUGA